GUGAGCAUCACGUGAUAAGGCAAAAAACCGAUCUUCUCGCUAACUCGCCUUAAAAUCGGCUAGGCGAGUAAAAUCAAAUUCAUCGCCGUAGUCUUUCAUUUCCUCGGAUAGCCAAUCGCCGAUUUUUUCUCCAACCACAAUAACCACCAGGGAAAAAAAUCUGUCUUGGUUAGUCUAUAGUUAUGGUUAGAGGAAGAGAUGCCUGUUGGGAACAUUGUGUCCUUGUUGAUGCUACUAGACAAAAAGUAAAAUGUAACUAUUGUCGGCGGGAGUUCAGUGGCGGGGUUUACAGGAUGAAGUUUCAUUUAGCUCAAAUAAAAAACAAAGACAUAGUUCCAUGUUCUGAAGUCCCGAAUGAGGUAAGGGAUCACAUUAAAAGUAUUUUGAACACUCCGAAGAAACAGAAAAAUCCUAAGAGAGCAAAACUGGAUCAGGCGGCUGUCAAUGGUCAGGAAAGUAGCUCUUCAGCAAGCAGUGGGACCCGUCCCCAUCACGGAUUUAAUGGAGAGAACGGUAGUCCUUGUCCGUCUAUUAUGUUUGCACGCCGUUCUCCUCCAGCAAUUGAUGAUGUUCAAAAGCAAAAACAGGUCAAUGCUGAUAAGAAAAUCGCUUCGUUUUUCUACCACAAUGGAAUUCCCUUUUCAGCUGCAAAGUCCUUGUAUUAUCAGGAAAUGGUGGAUGCGAUUCUCGAGUGUGAAGCGGGGUAUAAAGCUCCAGGUACUGAAAAAUUGGGCGGCAACCUUUUGGAGAAAGUUAAAGUCGAUAUUAACGAUUGUUACAAGAAAUUAAGGGAUGAAUGGAAAGAAACGGGAUGCACGAUCUUGUGUGAUUGUUGGUCUGAUGGAAGUACGGGAGCCAAAUCCCUUGUGGUAUUUUCCGUGGCAUGUGCUAAAGGGACAGUGUUCCUUAGGUCCGUAGAUGUAUCUGAUCAUGCAGAUGAUCCUCAUUAUCUAUUCAGGUUGCUUGAAUCAGUUCUUAUGGAAAUUGGUGUUAAAUAUGUCGUCCAAGUAAUGACAGAUAGCUCUGCUGGUUACAUAUAUGCAGGAAGGCUUAUCAUGGACAAGUACCCUUUGGUGUUCUGGUCUCCAUGUGCUUCACAUUGUAUCAAUAAAAUGUUGGAGGAUUUCAGCAAGAACGACUGGGUGAAUGUUGUCCUUGAAGAGGCAAAUACAAUCACAAAAUACAUAUACAGUAAUGACUGGAUUCUAGAUAUGAUGAGAAAAUUUUCGGGUGGAGGGGAGUUCGUUCGACCAAGAAUUACGAAGUUUGUGGCAAAUUUUCUCUCAUUAAGGGCCCUUGUGAUUCAAGAGGAUAAUUUGAAACACAUGUUCUCUCAUGUGGAGUGGUUGUCAUCCACGUACAGUAGGCACCCGGAUGUCCAAGCCAUAAAGUCAUUGUUGUGCCUUGAAAGAUUCUGGAGAUCCGCACGUGAAGCUGUCUCGGUUUCCGAACCUCUGCUUAAACUGUUAAGGAUUGUCGAUGGAGACAUGCCUGCUAUGGCAUAUAUGUACGAGGGAUUUGAAAGAGCAAAAAUUUCCAUCAAAGCAUUCUAUAAGGAUGUUGAUGAAAAAUAUAAGCCGAUUUGGGAUAUCAUUGACAGGAGAUGGAGCAUGCUGCUUCAAUCCCCGUUACAUGCAGCAGCAGCAUUCCUUAAUCCUUCUAUUUUCUACAGCCCGAGCUUUAAGAUUGAUUCGAGGAUCAGGAAUGGUUUUCAAGAAGCCAUGACGAAAAUGGCUUCCGAGGAUAAAGAUAAAGUAGAAAUUACUAAACAACAUCCCGUAUACAUAAAUGCCCAAGGUGCUCUAGGGACUGAAUUUGCGAUAAAGGGAAGGAGGCUGAAUGCCCCAGCUGAUUGGUGGAUGGGUUAUGGUUACGAAAUUCCAACUAUACAGAGAGCUGCUAUACGGAUUUUGAGUCAACCGUGUAGUCUUCACUGGUGUAGAUGGAACUGGAGCACUUUUAACAGUGUCCAUGGCAAAAGACGGGACAGGUUGGAGCUGGAUAUAUUCAAUGAUCUUGUUUAUGUGCAUUGCAAUCUCUGGUUACAGGCAAUUGUAAGAAGUAAAGAUAGCAAAUGUAAGCCAAUCAAUUUUGACGAAAUAGACGUCGGCGCUGAAUGGCCUACUGAAGCUGAAGUUGCAUGCACUACUUCACCCCUUGAAGGCAGAGGUUGGUUAGACACUUUCUGAGGCACCCUGCUAGUCAAGCACUCAGAGUUGAGAAGAAGAUAGAUUUGUUCUCGAAACCCAUCAUCAAGAGGUUCAUGAUUGCAAAUUGUAGAACGUUUCUAUUGAAGCACUCAUGCCAACCAGGGUAAUGGUCUAGUGCAUAUGAAUUGGUUUUGUUUCUUGCUUAAUGAUAUGUGGAAUUACCUCAUUAGCUACUCUUGAUAAAUGAUCGAUAUAAUCGCACACUUCAGCAUUCUACGUUGAAUAUACAGGAGAGACAUAUACGUGUGAAAUUAAUGGAAUGUUAGAACAACCAAAGUAAGAACAGCUCCAGGAGGUAUCGGUUUUACAUUUCUACAAGUUUUCUUUCUUCCAACUAAGCUUCUCUAAAGCUUAGGACAGGAAGAACGAAAAUGAUCAAAACCAUUUCUUUGUCGAUAAGGAGAAUGCAAGUUACUGAAAGAGUUCUAUUGUGCUUUGAUUGCAGUUAUGACUCGAGGAGUUUUUGGCCUGUCUGUUCAGAUACUGAAGGAAGUCACUAAAGAUAUCCAAUAAUUUUUCUAAUGAUGCCAGUUGUGCGCGCACACUUUCCACCUCUUUGUCAUUCCUCUUAACGUGAGGUCAGCAUCCGAGAUAUCGCAAUUCAAUUUCUGCUGAAUGAUGACAAAUGAGUGUUGUGCAACCCCUAAACCACUCCAAGAUCAAGUGAGUGAAGCCGCCAGAUACUUAGUGUUGGUGACUUUCCAUUUCUUUCACGGCUGGAUGAAGUGAAUCAGCAUCUUCAAAUGUACGAUUUUUUGCAUUGCUUCUCUUAUUAGUUCUAGGUCAUUUUGUUAUCAUUUUUGUGUUAUUUGUUAUAGUAGUUUAUGCUGCGGUUUUUAUUUUUCUCAUGCUAAUUAUUAGUUGGAAAAAGAAUAUAUUAGGAAUUGAGUAAUUCAUUGCAUAUCCAAUUAGGCAGCUGCAGCUGAGACGAGCUAUUGUUGAAGCUCGUCCCGAUUUGAUCCAGAGUUUCCAGAGCAUGCCGAUGGUGGGAGUUCCAACGAGCCAAAACGUGGAGGAGAAGACUCUGAUGAGCCAUAUAAAGUGGACACAGAAGUUGCACCCAAGAGUAUGGCCUAGAUCCAAAAAUCAUGGGAAUGCAGGUUUAAUCUCAGCUGAGACAAAGAACGAUGUGAUUUCUUCUCAUCUGCCUAAGCCUUGGUGGUUAGAGUUAUCCGGCACAAGGCAAGGUGGCCUUUCUAAUGCGAAUAUUAGUCUUUGUAGCUCUCUUUGAAACUUCACAAUGUGAGUUUUUUAUUCAUGCUAUGCUGGCCCCUCUAUUUGGGCAAUACAAUCGAUUGCUGGA